CCCUCACACGGGGAGUCUGUGCCACACAUGCGCCCUCUCUCUAUUUUCUGACUUCGAUCGGUGGCAACCAUUCGAGGACGUCCGCUGAAACCAUGUCUGACGCGGAAGGAGAUGGACCAACCGCCGCCUCAGCCGCUGCUGCUGGCAGUGGUCCUAUGGACGUGAUCACAGCCCUUCAAGAAGUCCUGAAGACUGCCCUCAUCCAUGAUGGCCUCGCGAGAGGUCUGCAUGAGGCUACCAAGGCAUUGGACAAACGUGAAGCCCAUCUGUGCGUCCUGGCCAACAACUGUGAUGAAGCUAUGUACAAGAAGCUAGUUGAAGCUCUCUGUGCUGAACACUCCAUCAACCUCUUCAAGGUUGACGACAACAAGAAGCUUGGCGAGUGGGCUGGUCUCUGUAAGAUUGACAGAGAAGGCAAGGCCAGGAAAGUGGUUGCGUGCAGCUGUGUUGUCGUCAAGGGUUACGGCAAGGAAUCUGCAGCUGUUGAUGUCUUGAAUGACUACUUCAAGGGUCGCUAAUAAGCAAUGCCUCGAACAGCAAUGACACCUACCCCAUUUCAGACGAUCAAGUAUCUUGGGAAAAAAAUGUAUACAUGUACCCCUGAAACUUUCAACAAUAAACUGGAAAAAUAAUUCUGUCAUUGUAUGUCACCUACGUUCACGUCCACGGGAAGAAUAAAAAGUAUAAAUUGUAGA